CCAAGCUCACUGCCUGCGGAACCUGGACACCUGUUACCAUGAGGUUCCUGAUCCUGUUCCUUGCCCUGUCCCUAGGAGAGAUUGAUGCUGCACCUCCUGUCCAGUCUCGAAUUGUUGGAGGAUUUAACUGUGAGAAGAAUUCUCAACCCUGGCAUGUGGCUGUGUUCCGCUACAACAAAUAUAUAUGCGGGGGAGUCCUGUUGAACCCCAACUGGGUUCUCACAGCUGCCCACUGCUAUGGCAAUGCCACCAGCCAGUAUAAUGUUUGGCUGGGCAAAAACAAGCUAUUCCAACAUGAAUCCUCUGCUCAGCACCGAUUGGUCAGCAAAAGCUUCCCUCACCCUGACUACAACAUGAGCCUCAUGAAUGACCACACCCCACAUCCUGAGGAUGACUACAGCAAUGACCUGAUGUUACUACGCCUCAGCAAGCCUGCUGACAUCACAGAUGCUGUGAAGCCCAUCGACCUGCCCACUGAGGAGCCCAAGCUGGGGAGCACAUGCCUAGCCUCAGGCUGGGGCAGCAUUACACCCACGAAAUGUGAGUCUGCUCCAAGAAACAUAGCUAGGUGUAGGGGAGGUGCAGAGGGGCCUGGACUGGGCCCUGUUCACCACCCACUUUCCCUGUCAUCCACAGGGCAAAUCCCAAAUGAUCUCCAGUGUGGGUUCAUCAAGCCCCUGCCUAAUGAAAAUUGUGCCAAAGCCUACAUACAUAAAGUCACAGAUGUCAUGCUGUGUGCAGGAGAGAUGGGUGGAGGCAAAGACACUUGUGCGGGUGACUCAGGAGGCCCACUGAUCUGUGAUGGUGUUCUACAAGGUAUCACAUCAUGGGGCUCUAUCCCAUGCGCUAAACCCAAUGCGCCGGCCAUCUACACCAAACUUAUUAAGUUUACCUCCUGGAUAAAAGACACUAUGGCCAAAAACCCCUGAAUGUCACAUUAUCUGCUGUUCUCAAUAAAAUGCACCAUGCAACAAAUGA